CUCAACGUAUCGGAAGAUGCCAGCAGCGGCUCGGUCAUAACGAGCCUGAGUCCCACCAGGUUUCAGUCAGCCGCCUAUGAGUUGAUUUACUCGGAGUCGGAGAGCUCCCCCGUCACCGUGGGACGCGACAGUGGAGAUAUUACGAUAACCAGGCGGCUUGACAGGGAGACAGAUCCAUUCGUGGAGCUCACUGUUAAGAUCCAGGAUAAACGAGGCCCAGACUGGUACCUGAACAAGGUGAAACUGAAGAUCACAGAUGUCAAUGACAACGUUCCUGAGUGGAAUAUGAAGCCAUACCCUUACCUGGCUGUAGUGUCCCCUGAGGCCCCUGCGAGAACAUUUGUCUACCAGCUCCAGGCUCAUGAUGGGGACGAAGGCAAAAGCGGAGAGGUGGAAUACUUUUUGUCGGAUGGUGGUGACAGCUGCUUUGCAGUGGAAAAGAGGACGGGACAGGUGGUGACCACAGGGCUGGUGCUUCAGAAGGACAGAGAGUAUUUGUUAAGUGUGGUAGCCCUCGACGGCCUGGGCAGCCGCAGUGCCCCGGCCAUGCUCUCUGUGGUGGCAGGAGCCAGAGCACCACAGUUCAACAAUUCUAGCUAUGCCAUCUCCAUACCAGAGAACACGCCUGAGGCACAGCCCUUCCUGGUGGUGUUUGCUAUUUCCUUCCAGAAGCAGCCAAUCAGCUACAGCCUGCUGAUCAAUCCCAGUAGCCUCUUCAGCAUCCAGCAGGAGACGGGGGAGAUUAGUCUGACCAGGACACUGGAUUAUGAGAGCGACCAGCGACGCUACCUGCUGAUGGUGCGAGCCAGCGAAGAGCCCGGCAGCCUCAGCACUGCCACAGAGGUUCAGGUGUUGAUAACGGAUGAGAAUGAUUGUGUCCCAGAGUUCCUCCAGUCCAUCUACAGUGUGGAUGGAGUUCCUGAGACUGUAACCACGGCAACAUCUCUGCUGCAGGUGUUGGCCACAGACUGUGACUCAGGGUUAAACGCUGAACUCACCUAUUACACCUUGAGCCCAGACUUCAGCAUUUCAGCCCAUGGGACCGUUUUUCCUGCGGGCCGGCUUGACUAUGAGAGGCCCAACCAUCUGUAUGAAUUUGUGGUGAUGGCAGUGGACAGCGGGGACGAGCCUCACUCUGGCACUGCCACGGUCCGUGUGAGGAUGGCGAAUGUCAACGAUGAGUCUCCCGAAUUCUCUCAGCCUGUAUAUCGAACAUUUGUUUCUGAGGACGCGGGCCCCAACACCCUCGUGGCGACAGUUCUGGCCAAAGACCCAGAUGGUGAUGGUAUAAACUACUCCAUAACAGCAGGCAAUGAGGAAGGAAACUUUGUCAUCGACAGCCAGAAAGGGUUGAUUCGUCUCCGCUCCACGCCCCUACCCAAACUCCAAGGCCUGGAGUAUAUCCUGAAUGUAACGGCCACAGACGAUAACGCAUCAGGUGGGCCACACCCUCUCUCCUCCACCGCACAGGUCAUCGUAGGGGUCGAUGAUGUCAACAACAACAAACCUGUAUUUGAAGAGUGCCAGCAAUAUCGUGAGCAGGCUUCAGUGCUGGAGAAUCAGCCAACGGGGACUUUUGUGUUGCAAGUGCAUGCUGUGGAUGCAGAUGAGGGAGCAAAUGGAAAAGUCAAAUAUGGCCUAAUGCAUAGAGACAGCGCAAUGCCUGCCUUCAGAAUUCAUCCAGACACAGGAGUGAUUGUGACAGCCAGGCGGUUUGACAGGGAGCGGCAGAGAGAGUAUUCAGUUACAGUAACAGCCACUGAUUGGGCGGAGGAGCCACUCAUCGGCAUCUGUCAGCUCACUGUCCAAAUACUGGACCAGAAUGAUAAUAGUCCCAAGUUUGAGAAUUUGCGCUAUGAGUACUUCCUGAGAGAAGACACUUUGGUCGGUACCAGUUUCCUGCGUGUAGCAGCUCACGAUGACGACUUUGGCACUAAUGCAGCUAUCACCUACUCCAUGGCCCUGGAGCAGCCUGAGUACCUGCACGUCAACCCUUUGACUGGAUGGGUUUACGUUAACCAACCUAUAUCACAGAGGACCUAUAUCACACGGGACAUCAUAGCAACUGAUGGGGGAAAGCGAAACACGUCUGUGGAGCUGGCAGUCACCAUCACCAACGUGAAGAACCAGCCUCCACAGUGGGAAAAAGAGAGCUACAAUGUUGUCAUCCCCGAGAACACGGCCAGGGACACACCCAUAGUGACAAUCAAGGCGACCUCUCAGCUGGGAGACCCGAGGGUGACCUACAACCUGGAGGAUGGGCUGGUCCCAGAAACCAACAUGCCAGUUCGUUUCUACCUCUCCCCCAACCGUGAAGAUGGUUCUGCAUCCAUUCUGGUGUCUGAGCCGCUGGACUACGAGACUACACCGUUUUUUUCUCUCCGGGUCCGAGCACAAAAUGUGGCUGCAGUUCCCCUUGCAGCUUUCACUACAGUUUAUGUCAAUAUUACAGAUGUCAAUGACAACGUGCCAUUUUUCACCUCAUCAAUCUAUGAGGCCUCAGUAACAGAAGGAGCCCAGAUAGGAACUAUGGUUCUCCAAGUUUCUGCCCAUGACAAAGACCUGGGUCUCAACGGAGAGAUCACCUACUCUCUGCUGAGUGACAGCAGUGGCGACCACCAUCUGUUCCGUAUUGACCCAGAACUUGGCAUCAUCUACACAGAAGCUGUGUUUGAUCGUGAGGCUCGCAGCUCCUAUUUGUUGGAAAUUCAGUCAGAAGAUGGCCAGGAGUCAGCACGACCUGGCAAGAACAAGCAGCCUAACUCAGACACGGCGUACGUGAGGGUUUUCAUCAGCGACGUCAAUGACAACAAGCCAGUCUUUGCUCAGAGACUAUAUGAAGUCGGUGUAGACGAGAAUGCCGACGUGGGCCUGGCUGUUGUCACUGUUAGUGCUAAUGACGAAGAUGAAGGGGCCAAUGCCAAGCUACGCUAUCAAAUAACAUCUGGCAACAAAGGUGGAGUGUUUGACAUCGAACCAGAGGUGGGGACGAUCUUUAUUGCUCAGCCACUGGACUAUGAGAAGCAGAAGAGAUAUAAGCUGCUGGUCCUCGCCUCCGACGGAAAGUGGGAGGACUACGCCGCCGUGGUGGUUACUGUAGUUAAUAAGAAUGACGAGGCACCUGUGUUCUCCAUGAAUGAAUACUAUGGGUCUGUCACAGAGGAGCUUGAUGGGUCACCCGUGUUUGUACUCCAGGUGACAGCUACUGACCCAGACAAAGAUGCAGACCAGGGCGCCAUACGGUAUUCCAUUCAUGGCCAAGGGGCAGAGUCACACUUCAUGAUCAACGACAUCACGGGAGAGAUGUAUGCCCAGCGCACCAUAGACCGAGAAGAGCGUGCCGUCUGGCGCUUUGUUGUCAUGGCCACGGAUGAAGAGGGCGAGGGACUUACUGGCUUUACGGAUGUUAUUAUCAACGUGUGGGAUAUCAAUGACAAUGCCCCCAUGUUUUCAUGUGCACCUGAUAAUUGCCAGAGUAGCGUGGCAGAGAACUCCCCUCCUGGAACUUUUGUUGUGGAAAUGACAGCGAUAGACCUUGAUGAUGCAGCCGUAGGUCAGAAUGCAAUCCUCAUCUACCGGAUUACUGAGAAUGCACAAAACACAAACAGUGCAGAACUUUUCACUAUUGAUUCCAGCACCGGCACCAUAUCCGUGGCAGCAGAGGGUCUGGACCGGGAGUUUCUUGACAGCCACCAGCUGGUAGUGGAGGCCCGGGAUGGUGGGGGUAUGACAGGUACAGCUACUGUCACUAUAGUAGUAACAGACAUGAAUGAUCAUGUCCCAAAGUUUACAGAGGACCUGUGUGGUGCUCGUGUGCCGGAGAGCACAAAUGAAGACGCUCCUGUUCUGGAGUUGAGCGCUGUGGACCCUGAUGCUGGGUUGUAUGGACAGCUGGCCUUCACUGUGGUGUCUGGAGACCCCGAGCAAAGAUUCUACAUGGUCACCAACAGAAUGGAUCAGACAGCAACUCUGAGACUGAAGCACAAGUUGGACUUUGAGAAGCCAGGGGAGCAGCGGUUUAACCUUACUGUCAAGGUGGAGGAUUGUGACUUCUCUAGCCUCAUCCACUGUCUGGUUCUAGUGGAAGAUAACAAUGAUAAUGCCCCUGUGUUUGCUCUGAGCUCCCACCUGCUUUCCCCUUUCCCUGAAGAUAUAUCUGUAGGAACCAGCAUCAUUCAGGUUGUGGCCACUGACACUGACUCAGGCUUAAAUGGGGACAUUUUUUACAGCAUUCUUCCUCAGUCUGACCCAUAUGGACAUUUUACAGUCAGCCAAAGUGGUGUAAUAACGGUUGCCAAGCCACUAGAUAGGGAGACAGUGGCAAGUUAUGAGUUGGUCGUCAUGGCGACAGACCGGGGUACCCCAGCACUGACUGGCAGUGUCACGGUACACUUGCUUCUGCUAGACAUGAAUGACAACGGGCCAGAGCUGGAGACAGCCUAUACCCCGGUGCUGUGGGAGAACAGUCCAGCACCUCAGGUGGUCUGGCUCAACAGGAGCUCGACUCUGCUUCAAGUUGUGGACAGAGACUCCCCAGAGAACGGGCCUCCUUUUUCUCUCUCCCUGCCCUCGCUUUACUCUGUCGACUUCCACCUGCAGGAUCACAGGAAUGGCUCUGCCACACUCACUGCCCUGCGGAGAUUCGACAGGGAAAGGCAGAGUGAGUUCCGCUUGCCGGUGAUUAUGACGGACAGUGGCAGUCCCCCAGUAACAGCCACAGACACACUCACCAUCACUAUUGGUGACCAGAAUGAUAACGCCCAUCAGGCAGGAGAGAAAGAUGUCUAUGUGCAUAGCCACAAGGGAAGGAUGGCAAAUGCUGCACUAGGUAAGGUGUAUGCCCCAGAUCCUGAUGACUGGGACAACAAGACCUACACUCUGGAGACAAGCGCAGCCAAAUACUUCAGCCUGAACCAGAGCUCAGGAGUGCUGACUAUCCGACAGAACACUCCAGCGGGCAGCUACUGGUUGAAGGUCGGGGUGUCUGAUGGGGUGUGGCCUGAUGUUAUGUCAGGUGUCAGAGUUCAUGUCAGGGAGCUGGAGGAAAAGGCCAUCCUGUCAUCUGCCUCGUUGCGUUUGACAGGCAUUACAGCGAGAGAUUUUAUCGAAUCGCACUUUGGGAGGAAGAGCCGCCUGGAGACGUUCUGGGACUUCCUGUCUGAAACCCUGUCUGUCAGAACAGAGACUAUCAACAUUUUCAGCAUAGAGGAUAGAGAGGAGAAAAGCGUGGACAUCUAUUUCUAUGUGCUAAAUGAUAAUGGAUACAUGCGUCCGGAGAAACUGCACGGUGUCCUCGCAGCAAAUAAAAAGAAGCUGCAGUCACUGCUGCAUGUGAACGUGAGCCAGGUGCAGGUAGACGAGUGUGUGCGCACAGAUUGCAAGGCGUUUGGCGGCUGUUCCACACAGUUAAGCAUCAGUGAGUCGCCCACCCUGGUAGACUCCGGUGUUUUAUCCCUGGUCUCAGUGAAGGUGGCGUCCUCAGCUGUGUGUGGUUGUGCUGCAAGGGAAGUGACCCACCGACCCUGCUCCUCCUACCCUACUAACCCUUGCCUUAAUGGGGGGACCUGUGUCGACACCCAGAAUGGAUACAGGUGCCACUGCCCCCCACAGCUUGAGGGGCCAGACUGUCAGCAAACGAGACUUAGUUUCCUUGGCAACGGCUAUGCUUGGUUUCCCACAAUCAGGCCGUGUUUCGAUAGCCAUCUUUCACUGGAGUUUAUGACGGAGGAAGACGAUGGACUGCUGCUGUAUGCCGGCCCGUUGGCCACUCUACUGCCUGGGGAUGCUGAGGACUACAUGGCCAUAGAGUUGAUUGGUGGGACGCCCAGUUUGAAGGUUAACCACGGUUCUGGGACCUUGGUCCUCCAGUUAACAAACAACAUCGGGGUGGCUGACAGACGCUGGCAUCACCUUGAUGUGAGGAGCAACAGUAAAGAAGUGCGCUUCACUCUCGAUCGAUGUUCCAGUGCGAUUGUCAUGGAGACAGAAGGCGUGGACUCAUGGGCAAUGACAGAGGACCGCUCAUCCUGUGAAAUCCGAGGGGUCACACCCAACAGAGACAAGUAUCUGAAUGGAAGUCGUGUAUUGCAGCUUGGAGGGGUCAAUGAGAACAUAUCAUAUGAAUACCCACAGCUGCAGCACAAACACUAUACUGGAUGUAUAAGGAACCUGCUUGUAGACAGCAAGCUCUAUGACCUCAGUUCCCCAGCUGAAGCCUCCAACUCUGUGCCAGGCUGUAUUGAUGACCAGUGCGCCAAAAUGGAGCACCUUUCCUCCUGUGGCAGGAGGGGACGCUGUCACGGCGAGUGGGGCUCCUUCAGUUGCUUAUGUGAGCCAGGGUUUACAGGGCCGCAUUGUGAUCAAGUCUCUCCUGAGUUGUCCUUUGAUGGCCGGAGCCACGUUCAGUUCCAGCUCUUGUGGUCCCUGCCCGCGCGAGAGACAAGAGUCCAAAUUGGGGUUCGGACACGUGCCGGCACCGGUGUCAUUCUCAGCCUCCUCUCCCAGGAGCAGAAUGAAUAUCUACGUUUAGAGGUUAUUCAGGGUCUGCUGGCUGUUUUCUACAACCUUGGUGAUGGAGACUACAACAUCACACUGCCCUACCAUCGCCUCGAUGAUGGAGAGUGGCACGAGGUGGAGUUGGAUCGUUACGGCAGAGAGUUCACCCUGCGACUAGAUGGAGGUGGAGGACGGCGAGAGGUUUCCGCCGCGCCUGGUCGGAGUCAGGAGAUCAUUAUUGACCCCUCUGUGGUGAUGCUUGGAAACUCUUUUCCCUCAGGACACAAUCAGAGCUUCCUUGGCUGUUUGCGAGAUGUGCGGUUUAACAGCCGCUCCAUCCCCCUGGGUCAGGAGCAGCCUUCAGAGGGGCUUCAGGUGGUCACUUCACAGGGCGUCUCUGUCGGCUGCUCUUCGGCAGCCUGUCGGAAACAUCACUGCACUCCUCCCUUGGUCUGUGUGGACCUCUGGAGACACCACGAGUGCAGGUGCCCUCCAGGCCACCUGACAAAAGAGAGCUCAACGGGCAAAGUGUGUGUCUACACGCUAUGUGCCAGCCGGCCCUGUCGCCACGGCACCUGUGUGCCUCACUCUCCAUCUCGCUACUCGUGCCACUGCAGCGAGGGCUACCGGGGACGGCACUGUGAGGUGGCGCUCGCCAUGUUCCACAAUGAGGAUGGCAACAGCCUCAGCCUCAGCUCCAUGUUCGCCAUCAGCAUCUGUGUCAUGGCUUUUCUAGUGUUGAUGCUGGGCCUGUUUCUCUACUCCUGCUGGAGGAGACACAAAGGCCUGAAGGACGGUGUGUACCAUGUGUCUGCACACCACGGCGAGUGGGAGGACAUCCGAGAAAAUGUGCUGAACUACGACGAGGAAGGUGGCGGGGAGCAGGACCAGAAUGCCUUUAAUAUGGUGGAGCUGCAGCGCUCCCUCCAGCCCAGCCCAGCACAGUCUCUCCGCUAUAGCUAUCCACAAAGCAUCAUCUCCUAUCCACAGACUAAGCUUCCCCAGGACAACAACAAGAACGGGGUGUCCAAUGGAAAUGGCAGCUCAGCUAUCGCCCUGCGUCUGGCCAUCCCCCCCUCAGAGACAGAAACCCUCCCAUCGCCUCUGACCUUCCGCCGCUCCCAGAAAACCCUCUCCUUUUCCAGCCAAGACUUGGCCCGCUACUUGUGUGAGGUCAUCAGGGACAUGGAGCACCCGGGGGAGCUCAGCACCACGACCACACUGCGUCGCCCAUCCAGAAAGGAGCACGGCCUGGCAGCAGUGCGGUCACUCAGCUCCCUCAGUGCAUCUCAGGGUUCAGAAGUCAGGCUUCAUGAGGCCCAGAGCACUCGGCUAGACAGGUUCAAAACCCUCCGAGCUGUGGUCAGUGAUUUGAGAGCAGACUCCAAGACUCCGGAGGGCCAGAGAGACAAACUGAAGGAGAGCAGAGGGCAGCUGAACUGCGAGAAGAGUGGGUGAGGCUGCUCUCAGCAAACUCAAGGUUGCAGAAGAGCAACACUGGUCAUAAGGCAGUGGUGGUGGAAUAUCACAGGGACAUAAUUAAAUGUGAAAUACUCUGAGCCUGGGAGGUUGCUUAGGGUCUAUGUGGCGUCUGAUAUAAAUGUACUGUAUUGAUGAAACUUUGAACAUAUAAGUUCUUUGAUAUAAAAGAUGUUUACCAAUGAUUGAUCAGAUGUGAUGUAUAGUUUACUUUGCAUUGCACUGUACAGUAUUUACUCUGCAGAAAGCACUUUUUGGAAGUGCCCUGUGUCAACACUACUCAUGUCAUAAAACUCAGAGUAAAGUCUGCAAGGCCGCGAAUGAGAUUCCUGUGAAAGAGCCGGAUUCUUUUUGCUGUUAACGAGCCAUGACUUCAUUUAUGUGACAGGAUGAGUUUGUUUCAUUUGUAUUAUCUAUUUCCUUUGAAAUAAAUGAAUAUCUUUGUUAGCAUUUUGAGCUGGAUCUUGUUCAAACACCAGUUCUUCACAUUAAUGACUGUCAAAUCUCAUGUUUUUGAAGUUCAAGCCAACUUUCUUCAUCAAAUGUUAGUCAGGCUGUUUUUUUCCUGAGAACAGUCACAAAGACGUCUUUCUUAUUACUUACAUAUGAGUAAUUGGCCGUUGUAC